AUGGCGACCCGCAAAGUCCGAUACAAGAAACUGAGUAUAGACCCGGCUGAGUACGAAUCACUCACAAAUGAAGCUCAAAUCGCGACUGGCGUCGAGCAGGCCGAGGAAAAUGAAUACCAUCUCCAAGCUGUCCUGCAGAACGCGGGGGUCGCCGCUGACAAGGAGAUCCCCGUGCCACCUCCACAGGAGAGCACGCUCAAUUAUGACGAGCUCUACACCCGUCCGUUCUCCAAGACGGCCACAUACAUUCGGUUCUCCCAGACAGUGGAAGAAUCCAUAGGAUGUAUGUAUGAUAUGACUGAGGAGGACGACGUCUUUCUCAAGUCUUACAACCAGAAGCGGCCCGCCUCGUCCCAACUCUCUGAAGAUGACUUUGAGCGGCUCAUGGAUGUAUACGAGGACACCUCGUACAUCAAAGCCCCGUUCGCCUCGAUAGACCAGACCAUAGUUCCGUACGAUGACAUGCUUCAGGCCCUGCAGGACCUCGACAGGGCCAAGAUCAUGUCACACGCCAAGGAAAUCUAUGCGUACUGGAAAUCCCGGCGGCAGGCGCUGAACAAUCAGCCGCUCCAUCCGACGCUGAAGUUCGAGAAGCAUCAAGAGAGUGACGAGGCCGAUCCGUACGUCUGCUUUCGACGCCGUGAGGUCCGCCAGACGCGGAAAACACGAGCGAGGGAUGUUCAGAGUGCGGAUAAACUCAAGCGCUUGCGAAAAGAGCUUGAGGAUGGCCGGCAGCUGGUCUUGGCCGCGCAUAACCGCGAGCUUCUGAAGGCGGAUAUGCUGAAAACGGAUCGUGCGAUCUUCGAAGUGCGGGCCCAGCUCAAGGAGCACAAGAUCCGGUUGGGCAUCAAAACCGAUGACGAAGAUCUCAUCAACCAGAAGCCGCAAAAGAGGAAGGCACCAGAUGUCCCGACCAUGCAACGGCCACCGCCACCAACACAACUUCGCAUCGCUGUCCGCCCGUCCGCUGCUGAGGCAGAUCUUUCAGUCCUUGCCGACCGUUUGGCCGAGAAGGAGAACGAGCUCCGCGCUGACAUAGAGAAGAAGGUGCAGAGCCACAAUGAAUGGAACCGCAACCAUCUUGACCUGACACGAGGUCCACUGUCACCGGUACACGGGCCCAGACAGGACCCUAGCUUUAGGCCGGCUAAGACGCAGUAUUUGAUGACGCCACCAGCGUCUGCGUCGUCAGAGUCCUUGGAGGAGCCCACUCCCAUGGACCUUGACAAGCCGGAGCGUCCACAAAGGGAGCUGGUGCCACAAAACCCACAAGCUUUCUUCAAGUUCCGAGGCGUGGCUUGCGACGAGGAGUCGAGAAAAGCCCCACCGGCGUACCGGCGCCGGAUCGGGCGCCUUCAGCGGUUGUGGAUCGACCGCCGUGGGAUGGCGACUCCUCCGAGCGAGGCUAGGGCUGAGGUGGUGGAUCGGUGGAAGUAUGACCAAUCGUCGGAUGACGAGGAGGAUCCGCCCACGUACGAGGCGGAUCCCUUCGACACCAACGCCUUGAGAUUCCGGGCUUCGAUACCGCUCCCCUUGUGGAUGACGAAUCGGACAUCGGUCUCGAGCAGCCGGGUACCACCUCAGCCCCAGGCGGGCACAUGA